UGCUUUUCUCCGCCAUACAUGCCAAACGCAAUGGUCGUAGAGGGGCACUGGCUGGAGGACAAAGUUUCAAAGGAUAGGACUGACUAUCGAAGCGGCGAAUCAAUCACGAUGACCUGUCGACCGGGUUUCGUGGACUCCAAACGCAAAUACUCCACUGUCGUGUGCGUUGGCAAUCAAUGGAAGUACGAAAAGUUGGAUUGUAACAAGGGGCCAGAGAACGGACGAACUCUGUACACUUCAGAUAUGCGCUACCAGGGGACAGCAGUGCAAUUCUGCAACGACGGUUACACAAUCCAUUGCCCUGACGAUAACGUUAACACUGAACCCACUUCAUCUAAGAGUUGCAGUCGAGUGUGUCAGGCUGAUGGAACUUGGUCCGGGAAGUCUGCGGCAUGCGUAGGUACGUGCACCGCUAUUAAUGCUAAGUUGCCUGCCACCAACGAAAUUCGAUGA